GUGAGCUGUCUGACGCUGCCUGGCAACCAACUGAACUCCUCUGCUUUGAAGACAAAGCUCAGAUUGCUCACCUUCGAACAAGAAAUGUGAUGGUAGAAAAGCCUUUGAAAAGGUCAACUUGCAGCUAAUAACCAGGAAACAGGAAACAAUUUGCAAUGCGGCAUCAAGUCCAUGGGGUCAUAUUGAGAAGUUCACCGCAGUAAUUUAGAACUAUUGUACCAAGGAUUUGUUUUGCGUGCUUGAAUGGGCAGGAGGCCAAUCAGAAAACAGGAAAACACUGACAUUAUAUUUUUUUGAACAAAGUAAAAGCCCACCUUUAAUCUGAAAAGGCCAGGUAGAGUGGUAGUGUCAGUAACCAUUGGCAACGGCUUCUGUGACGACAGAAAUCUUGGAUGGGCCCCCGAUCCUGCUGCAGAGGACUGUGAAACACCAUUGGCUGGCUGAAUGAAUGAUUGGCACACGUCUAUUAUGCAUGUCAGCGGAUACCUUUGGUGCGUUCUUGAGCUCCCUUCCAGGUAAGCACAGCUGAGAGGUAGCCUGCCUGCAACCAGACCGAGGACACAUUUGUUCUUCUUGAAAAGCAGGAGCCCCGUGAAAUGGAGCUGAUGGGCUCCACUCUGGCGGCCACAUAUGCUCGGCCAAAGACCAGCCACUUCCUGCCUGCCAUCUCCACCAUGGCAUCCAGCUAUCGCAACCCUCAGGCAGCGUUGGCCAUGAAUCCCAGUGACAACCUGUGGAGGACCAACAGCUAUUACAAAAGCAGCAGCACUGUCCCGACACCGUCUUCUAUACAGCGAGAGAAUUUAGAUCUGGUUAGAUCCAAGACUAUGUUCUACCCGUCCAACAGGACACCGCUGUCCACCCGCUACACUCCAGAAGACUGGCACAAGUCCAACAUGAGCAACUACAGGGAGUCUGAGUCGUCCCGGAAAAGCGCAGAGAGACUUCGCAGAGACACCAUCAGGAUGAUGCAGGAUAAGGAGCAGCUCACCAGACUAACCCAGGAGAAAACCAGCAAGAACAUUGGCGAGCGGCUCAAUGACAUCGUCUUCUGGAGGGCUGAGCUGAGCCACGAGAUAGACAACAUGGUGACGGAGAUAGCGGCCCUCAAUGAGGUCAAGAGGAGGCUGGAGAGAGCCUUGGCCGAGACUGAGGGGCCCCUUCAGGUGUCUCAAGAGUGUUUGUACCACAGAGAGAAGCGGAUGUCCAUCGAUCUGGUGCACGACCACGUGGAGAAAAAUCUCAUAAAGGAAGUGGAAGUCAUCAAAUCAUGUCAGGAAAGGAUGAGGCGACAUCUGGACGGAGCCAUCGCUCAGCUGGCGUCGAACCGAGCAGCCCAGCAUGAAUUGGAAAGGGACAUGAGCGACAAAGUGACAGCUCAGAGGAUCGAUGGAAGGUGUCACCAUCUGAGAAACACAUCCGACGCCAUCGGCUACUACAGGGGGAUUGAUAGACUUGACCCCUCGCUCUCUCUACCAGACACGUGGUCCAAGUUCACCGACGACAACAUCCUGCUCUCCCAGAGCGAGCGAGCUGCCUCCCAGAAGCUGAGGGACGAGAUAGAGAUCCUGCUGAGCACCACCUCCAACGAAAUGUGGAACCAGUUCAACAACGCCAACGUGGCCUUCACAAACCGCGUGUCAGAAAUCGCUGACGCUAAGAACAGCCUGCAGACGCACCUGGCCAAGACUCUGCAGGAGAUCUUCCAGACAGAGAUGCUGAUCGAGUCUCUGAAGAAGGCACUCAGAGACAAGGAGUGCCCACUGAAAGUGGCCCAAACCAGGCUGGAGGAGAGGACCCGCAGGCCCAACAUGGAGCUCUGCAGGGACAACCCGCACCACAGACUUGUGGGUGAGGUGAGGGAGAUCGAGGACACCAUUCACAAGCUCCAGGAGAGGCUGAUGGAGGCUCAGAACACUCUGCAGACUCUGGUCAGGACCAAAGUGACCCUGGAGCACGACCUGUCCAUCAAGGCCAACUCGCUCUUCCUGGACCAGGAAAAGUGCAUGAGCAUCCGCAAGAGCUUUCCCAGCAUGCCUCGUCUGGUGGGCUACACCUAAAUCAAGCCUUGGUGGACCAGAGGGAAAAAAAUAUUGCUGACUUAGCGGUUUCGGAGUGAUUUUGAGGGUGUUUGUGGGUGAUUUGACCAAAACAAAAAUUACAACAUUUUACAGGCAUGAUCUUUU